AUGCUCGGUCUGUUGCGGCAACCGUUUGGACAAGACUCUUCGGCUGUCAAGGCCGAGAAAAUCGAGAAACAAUCUAGUAUGACUUCCUCUUCUUUUCGGCGGGUCAGCAGCUCGUCGACAAAUGGCUUCCAGUACACAUCAACCUCUUCUAUCUCAAAUGGCGUCAACGGGGGCACGUACUCAGCUCUCGCCCCCCCAGAUAUUCCGGAUGUCACAGUCCGGUCAGCUAAACCAAUGCCCUCAGUGUUCAUGCAGCGACCACGCGCUAGCACAGACCGCACGUCCUCGUUCGGCGGCCUGGAGCAAGUAAAAGAACAGUUGGCGACUUCUCGCAACCACGCUUACCGCGUUCUUGGCUCUAAUUUCAGCGGUUAUGCAUUUGACACUUCCAUCACCGGACUCCUCGAAUGGAUUCGGGAUGAAAGGCUCAUCCGACUCCCACACAAAGGUGGCUCUUGGGACCGUGUGCUAAUUGCCGCACAACACUUCGCGGAACAGGUCCACCGGUUCAACAUUGCGAUUUCGACCUUUGAGUCCGACAUCAAUGCAGCUACAAAUCUAGUAUUUGGGCAGUGUCUUCUGCUGCUAGAGCUUGGAAGCGAUAAUGCUCCCGCAUUGGAGACGGUCUUCAACCUCUUUUACCAGUUCGGCCUCGAAUUGUCGCCACUUUUGAAACGGGUCGACAUCAUCACCUCUUCCAGACUCAUUUCAGAUAAUCUUUCCAAGGCCUUUUCCGAACUCUUAUCCAUCGUGACCGGGGUGGCCAUCACAUUCUGGCAGAUUGUCCAUGGGAACAACUCCUCGACCAACCUCGACAUAUUUUCCACCUUCAGCACAUCUAUCGAGAGUUUCCGCUCUCGAGUCACUCAGUGUUCUCAGGAUAUGUGGAAUUUCAGCUUGACGGCUAGCGGCUUGAAAGAGGCUCAUAUCCUUGAAGCCCUGCAGGCGUGGCUGGCUCCCCAAGACACUGUUCUGGCCUUCUUAGCUAGCAACAACAUCAAUAUCGCCAGCCGCCCAGAGCAGUUUACCUGCACAUGGUUUCAGUCCCACCUGACAAACUUCAUGCGAAGCGGGGAAAGCUCACUUAUUGUCGAGGGCAAGACGGGCACGGGCAAGACGACGUUGGCAAACUGGACCGUUGAUCGGCUUCAACGACCUAUUGGCCGCAAGCUCGUGUUCCCUCUGAGCUUUUUCUUCAACAGCAACAUCCCUGCUCAGGCCAAUUCCUUUGCGCUGCUCAAAACUCUCUUGUGGCAGAUUCUGUCUCAACGCAUUGGAGACAUCCACCUGUACAAGGCUUUGAGCGAAGCGUACCAUGAGUUCAAGGAUUCAAACGCACCCCACAAAAAUGAAGAGAUCCUGUGGUCCGUCCUUGAAAAGGUGCUGUCAACCAUUGACUAUGAUGAGACAAACACACUUGUACUCGUUGUCGACGGUCUUGACGAAAUUACAGGGCAGAGACACCAUGCUCAUGCUGUAGCCAACAGGCUCCAUGACUUGGCUGUUAAAAUACCUGGUCUGCGAUUGAUUCGCUUCUCCCAGCCGCUUGAAACAUCUCACACGAAGUCGGAAUACGUCAAACUUUCGACAGAGACCAUGCUUGAUGACAUCCGAACCAUUCUGCGCCGGGAGCUCGGUGACAACAAGUCGUUCGCCGCAAUUGAAGACGGUGCCCAGGAAUCCGCCAUCGACAAAUUGGCAGCCGCCGCUGAUGGCUCAAUUCUCUGGGCCUGGCUUGCUACGCAAUACAUCGGACACCAAAAAAUCCACUCUACGUUCGACGAAGCGCUGCAAACUCUCGUUGCCAGCCCAAAGACUGUGCCGGACAUAGCCGAAAGACUGAUUUCGGUUCUUCGCAUCGACGCACAAGCGAAAAGCUUCCUUUCCAUUACUCUGGCUGCGGAGAGGCCAUUAUUACUCUCAGAACUCGAGCUCUUACUCCAAGCCCAACCAAGCCGUUUCGAGAUGGACGAAAAGAGCGUCGACCUUCGUGAUCUGAUCGCAUCCGUCGCCCCCUUCACCAUCAGAGGGGAAGGUAUGUUAGCAAUCAGACAUGCGGCGAUCAAAACAGCCUUGAUUGCAGUUGCCGAAAAGUCGAAGGACUACUCGCUGAUCCAAGAUCGGCAUAGGGAUAUGCUGACUCGCAUUCUGAUCCACGCAAAGACUUCCCUCAGAGAAGACCAGGAACCGACGCUGGAUUAUUUGGAUUUCAGCCGGAUCCACCGUCCCUCUCACUCCCGCCAGCUGCUAGAGUAUACCGUUAGAUACUGGAUUGUUCACUUCAAGCAGUCGUCACUUCUUAAGCGUGGCGGAGAUCUCGAUAUCCCCAAAGAAUUUGCUAACAUCUUUCCUUCAACUGUGACCUUAGCCCUCCUUGAGGAAGCCUGCUGGCGCGCACAGACAUCACCCAGUGAAGCGACAGAGCUCCACGCUCUCGCCUAUCGUGUUCGCAUGAACCUAUUCGGUCAAGACCACACCUGCGUGUUACAGGCAGCUAUUGUCAUCGCAAAGAUAUAUGAGACCACUCUGUUACGACUCCACGAUGCAGCGUCCUGGUACAUGACAUCAAUCAGGGCUGCUACAAAGAUAUUGGGCUCGCAUCAUGAUCUCGUUGUCCAACUCUGUCUCUGCUUGCUACGGGUGACAGAAGGCUUGGUGACAAAAACCAGGAGUCAGAUAACAACUUAUCGUGAAGAAACACUGCGAAUCCUCGUCUCCGCCUACACAUACCGUUACGGCGCGAGCUCGAGGGAGGUAUCUGCAUGUUACAGACUGUUGAGCGAGCUUUAUGUCUUCAUCGGCGAAACUGAAAAGACUGAAGAAUUCAAGCAGAAAUCUGGUUCGACCGUCAUCGACGAUCAGGGCAUCCAAGAAAAUGGCGAAAAGGUGUCCCGCAGCUUGGAUGUCACCCUCCUUAAGCGCAAGGAAAAGGAGCUCAUUGAUACCUUUGAGGGAUCACUUUUCGCUGGUUAUCAAGAGGAAACUGCAGAAUCUCUCACCUUGUCGUUAGUCGAAGGCAUCUUUGCGCGCGCAACUGAGUUGAUCCAGCGCGAGGACUAUGAGAAGGCUGAAGAACUCUACAUUGAACUGUGGUGGAAACUGACCGAGCACUGCGCCAGUGUUAGGACCUUGGAGUGGCACCAGAAGAAGCUAGAAUUGAUGCUGGCCUAUGCUCGUUUCUUGCACUCCCGGAAACGCGUUGACGAGGCGUCUUCUGUCCUUCUGUUCGCCUGGAAGGAGUUUGAACACAGCGAAUUCUCGAUGUACGAGUCCAUUGUUCGACUCCUGAAAGAGAUCGCUGUCAUCAUGAAGGCCGUCAAGCUCAACACAGUGGCUCUAUCCGUCUAUCAGAAAUGCUUCUCCUACUACAGAAACGUCAGCGAAAGCACCUUCAUUACGGAGAUUGAAGAGCAAAUCACUGCCACUUCCAUGGAAAUUAUUAAAUGUUCAACCACCACAGUCAGCGAAUCCACCGAAGUCACAAUACGCGAGGUAUUCGAGCAUACCAUCACCACCUCUGCCGAGGCUACCCAUUCCACCUUCGAACUUGCCAAGUCACUGACAGCUAUUUACAUUGAACAAAGCCGGUACUCACAAGCCAUAACGGUCCUCGAAAGCACAAUGAAGAAGGGCUGGGCGGCAUUGUUCAACGACGCUCUCGAGAGCAUUACUCUCCCUGCCAAAUUUUCCACAGAGAGUGUUAUGCUUGCCGUGCGCUUAGCUGAAUGCUACGAACAACACCAGGUUCUGGACCAGAGCGAGCAAAUUUACCUGAGGCUCUAUCGUGCCCAUCACAAGACACACAGUAUUGACAAUCCUGCCGUUGCCAAACACUCGGAUAUGUAUGUGGCGUUCCUGAAGCGCCAUGGGUUCCACGACCGCAUCAUUGGCUUUUAUCAAGAGUUGUUGAUCGACUACCGCAACUUCUACGGCAAGAGUGACAAGGAGACAAUAACUCUCCUCUACAAUCUCGCAGACACUUGCCGGACUCACCAUCUUGUCCAUAGGUACUGGGUGGAAUACUACCUUGAAAUCGUCAAUGCGGUCAACAAAGGCGAGUUGAUCAGUCAGAGAGAUGCACUCCGCGCUCUCAUCAUUGUUGCCGAGCAUUACUAUGAGAGUCGGCGAUUUACAGAAGCCUUAAUUCAUUUCAAGUCAAUUGCGGCCACAUUCAUCAAGUUUGGCACUCAGUAUGAACAAUUCACCGAUGCUGCAGUCGUCCGGCGCCUGUUGGAGAAGUACUACACCUCGAUGGAAGAGACAAAGCUGGAUGUCGACCAACACGUGAAGAUCUUGCGGGAGAUCCGUGAAGCUUGCUUCAAAUAUUACGGAGAAAAGUCUGUGAUCUCGAUCAUUACAACAAGCGCAUUGGCUGAGGCAUGCUCCAAGAGCCAAGAGUAUUGGUUCGAAUCCAUCCGCUAUUUCGAGACCGUGUCGCAGCAUUCUGAAGUGGUGUCGGUCCAGACGAUCGAGCGGUCCAAGAGCAUGAUCAAGGAGCUUUAUAUCAAGCAGAUUACAUCAACCAAGUCCACAACAUUGAGCAAAGAGACUGUCGAAAAGGCCGAGUCUCUCCUGUUCGAGAAGUACAUAUCGAGCCGCACCGCGCAUGAGUACACGCAGACGAAGACGCUCAAGCAACUCCAGCAGCUGAUCGCCAUUUACCACAAGCAGCAAAAGACAGACCUUAUCAUCAAAGAACUCAGGUCUUUGAUCCUGGAUAUCGUCCUGAACGUUCACACAACGGAAGAACUGGUCUACGUGGCUGAUUUCCUCGCCUCGAUCUUCAUCAGCUACGACCUCCGCCGCUACGCCUUGGAGAUCGUCAGAGAUCUCAAACUCCAGGCUAUCUACCAGUCUGCGCCCAAGACUUCCGCGUUCCACGGCACGACGAUCGGGCGAGCUUGCUUCGCUUUUAUUGCUGCCUUUGAAUAUCAUGUCCGCAGCGACCAUACUCUAAGCAUUGCACACAAUAUUGCCGAGUUGGUAGCCGAACACUUGUUCUACGAACGCUUCGUCAGGUCCAUCAAGGCCAAAGCCAAGCUGCAAGCGGUCUUCGUCCAUGCGGCUCGUCUCCGCCAUAUUCUCGUCCGAAACAACCGCUUUGAGGACUUCACCAUCAUUGAAACGCAGCUGAUUGAUUUCUUCGCUGCUUCGGAAGUCUCAGUGUCCAAAGCCGUUUCGCGAGCUGCCCUGCAAGCAUUUGUCAAUGUUAUCACCAAGUAUGCUGCGGAGCAUCCAAACGUCCACUUCAAGAGUUUUGUCGUUGCAGCUAGCUACGCCGCUGUUGACCAGCUUCGCCUAUUGUUGAAGCAGAACAAGGAUCAGGAAGCCCUUGAUCUUGCAACUUGCACGUUCAAGUUCCUCAUGGCGCACGAAGGUCUUGAUGACCCGACCGAAAUCCGUCUUGGGUUCCAGCUAUGCCUCAUGACUGCUGGAAGAGGUGAAUUUGCCUACAAGAGCAGCAGUCCGAAGGUUCAAAGCGAGAUGCUCGCACUCUCUCAGCAGAUCUUGGCUGAAGUUUUUGAUAUUUGCAAGAACAAUAACAUCAACAUUGCCCGAGCCCAGCUAUCUGAACUCAACGAACUCAUUAGCUUGAUUGGCGAACACAAGGACUAUGCCCGUCUUUCUUGGCUUCUCAAUACUCUGUGGACGUCUCGCGAGGGCCAAAGCUCCUGGCCUCAGGAUACUAUCCUUGACCUUGGUUUCCGCCUUGUUCAAGCGGAGUUCAGUGCCGGCAAUUACAAGCCUGCGUUGCGCCUGUGCGAAGACAUUGUGUACAACAUCAAACGCGUCCAUGGAUCGAGGAAUCCGCGUUUGUACUCGUGCUGGAAUCUGCUGGCAGAGCUCUACACCGGAUAUGCAAACCAUUUGCUGGCCGAGGCCGCCAAACAGGAGCCUGCCACCAAGAAGGUGUCGGAGCAGAGCGCUCUCCUUUACCUGAGAAAGGCGGCGGACGUCCAUCUCACGGCACUCAAGCAAUUGGUGGAUGCCGAUGCGGCUGACACCGGCGAUGAUGAUGACUAUGAGUUGGACUUCGGCAUCAGCUUGAAGAAAGCUGCUACAACCAACGGUGCCAAUGGCGUGAGCUCUCAACCCAAAGUCAGUGGGGACCACAAACAUGUGCGCUCUUUCCAAAACCGAGAGGAGGAGCUUGAGAUCGUCCGCAGACAUCUCAGACUGCUCAAACUCGCGCUUCAGCGGGCCGGUGGCUUCUCUAAGUCGCUCAGGGAGUACGAAACCUUGACGCAGAAGAUCAGUGCCCAUUACGGCGAAGAUUUGAAGCUCAAGGAUCUCGAGUGGAAUGCCGCCAAGUGGAAAGUCGACGGGCUGACGCUGGGCCAAGCAGAAGGGCAGAAGCAGGAUGGUGUGUUCCGUAUUCCUAUGCACUGGGAAAUUCAUGUGGCUUGA